AAGAAACUCUCAAAUCUGGAGGUGGAAGUUUGAAGCAGAUAAACCCUCGAUUACAAUCCCAACAAUCGAACCAGUUCGCCAUGAUUUGGAGGAGUUUAGCUUCCACCUCUAACCUCCUUGCUAAAUCCUUCGGUUCGGCGAAUGGAGCGACGGCGACGAGGGAUUUUCGGCGCGCUUACAGCUUGAUUCCGAUGGUCAUUGAACACACAUCAAGAGGAGAAAGAGCCUACGAUAUCUUCUCUCGUCUUCUCAAGGAGCGGAUAAUUUGCAUCAAUGGUCCAAUUUCUGAUGAUACUUCUCAUGUUGUCGUUGCUCAGCUUCUCUUUCUUGAGUCUGAGAACCCCUCGAAGCCCAUCAAUAUGUACCUCAACUCCCCCGGCGGCGCCGUCACUGCUGGGCUUGCUAUAUAUGAUACUAUGCAGUAUAUAAGGUCGCCCAUCAACACCAUCUGUUUGGGUCAGGCUGCCUCGAUGGCUUCUCUUCUUCUAGCUGCUGGUGCCAAGGGUGAGAGACGAUCGCUUCCUAAUGCAACUAUCAUGGUUCACCAGCCUUCUGGUGGAUAUAGUGGGCAAGCGAAGGAUAUGUCAAUUCACACGAAACAGAUUGUUCGGGUUUGGGAUGCACUAAAUGAGCUGUACUCCAAGCAUACGUCACAGUCAGUAGAGAUUAUUCAAAAGUAUAUGGACAGGGAUUAUUUUAUGACCCCAGAAGAGGCCAAGGAGUUUGGCAUAAUCGAUGAGGUGAUUGAUCAAAGGCCAAUAGCCCUGGUGACCGAUGCAGUUGGUAAUGAAGGCAAAGAUAAAGGCUCGAGUUAAGAAUUCGAGGUAGGAUCUUGAUGUAAAAGCAUGACACUUUCAAGUUCCUUACUGACUUUUGAUAGAUUUAUCCGAAAGUUAAUUUUAUCUUCCUGGAUCUGAUGGGAAUAAUUAUUUUUUCCUAGCUAAAUGUCCCUUUGGCUGUUUGGACCUGUAUUGUUAUUUUGUGUAUCCAGCAUUGAUAUGUGUAUUGACAGCUUUUAUUAACACUAAAUAGAGAAAAGCUUGAAAUUUAAUAAAAUUUCAGAAUUUGCUCGUAUA